ACCACCACCCGGGCUGUGCUCUCCGGCUCCCGCCGCCACCCCCGCCCUCGCCUUCGCCUCCGCCUCCGGUGAGUUCAGGGCGGUUGCCUUUAGGGUGUGUCCCUAAUUGACGGGGUCGGGGACGGAGAGAAGGGUAACCCCAGGCUGGGUCGGAGACUGGCGGAGGCGAGGAAAUCCUAAGAGCGUGACCGUUGAUGAUGCAGGGAACCGUCGGGUGUGACCAUUGACAGGGAAAAGGUUGGAGAAAGGGUCUCUACCAUGAUGCCUGUGGUGCGGUGAGGGAAUCCUCGGGUGUGGCAGCAGGUGCACAUUAAAGAUCCAAAGUCAUGACUGACUCCAAGUAUUUCACAACCAAUAAAAAAGGAGAAAUAUUUGAACUAAAAGCUGAACUCAACAAUGAAAAGAAAGAAAAGAGAAAGGAGGCUGUGAAGAAAGUGAUUGCUGCUAUGACCGUGGGGAAGGAUGUUAGUUCUCUCUUUCCAGACGUAGUGAACUGUAUGCAGACUGACAAUCUGGAACUGAAGAAGCUUGUGUAUCUCUACUUGAUGAACUACGCCAAGAGUCAGCCAGACAUGGCCAUCAUGGCUGUAAACAGCUUUGUGAAGGACUGUGAAGAUCCUAAUCCUUUGAUUCGAGCCUUGGCAGUCAGAACCAUGGGGUGCAUCCGGGUAGACAAAAUUACAGAAUAUCUCUGUGAGCCGCUCCGCAAGUGCUUGAAGGAUGAGGAUCCCUAUGUUCGGAAAACAGCAGCAGUCUGCGUGGCAAAACUCCAUGAUAUCAAUGCCCAAAUGGUGGAAGAUCAGGGAUUUCUGGAUUCUCUACGGGAUCUCAUAGCAGAUUCAAAUCCAAUGGUGGUGGCUAAUGCCGUAGCGGCAUUAUCUGAAAUCAGUGAGUCUCACCCAAACAGCAACUUACUUGAUCUGAACCCACAGAACAUUAAUAAGCUGCUGACAGCCCUGAAUGAAUGCACUGAAUGGGGCCAGAUUUUCAUCCUGGACUGCCUGUCUAAUUACAACCCUAAAGAUGAUCGGGAGGCUCAGAGCAUCUGUGAGCGGGUAACUCCCCGGCUAUCCCAUGCCAACUCAGCAGUGGUGCUUUCAGCGGUAAAAGUCCUAAUGAAGUUUCUAGAAUUGUUACCUAAGGAUUCUGACUACUACAAUAUGCUGCUGAAGAAGUUAGCCCCUCCACUUGUCACUUUGCUGUCUGGGGAGCCAGAAGUGCAGUAUGUCGCCCUGAGGAACAUCAACUUAAUUGUCCAGAAAAGGCCUGAAAUCUUGAAGCAGGAAAUCAAAGUCUUCUUUGUGAAGUACAAUGAUCCCAUCUAUGUUAAACUAGAGAAGUUGGACAUCAUGAUUCGUUUGGCAUCUCAAGCCAACAUUGCUCAGGUUCUGGCAGAACUGAAAGAAUAUGCUACAGAGGUGGAUGUUGACUUUGUUCGAAAAGCUGUGCGGGCCAUUGGACGGUGUGCCAUCAAAGUGGAGCAAUCUGCAGAGCGCUGUGUAAGCACAUUGCUUGAUCUAAUCCAAACCAAAGUGAAUUAUGUGGUCCAAGAAGCAAUUGUUGUCAUCAGGGACAUCUUCCGCAAAUACCCCAACAAGUAUGAAAGUAUCAUUGCCACUCUGUGUGAGAACUUAGACUCGCUGGAUGAGCCAGAUGCUCGAGCAGCUAUGAUUUGGAUUGUGGGAGAAUAUGCUGAAAGAAUUGACAAUGCAGAUGAGUUACUAGAAAGCUUCCUGGAGGGUUUUCACGAUGAAAGCACCCAGGUGCAGCUCACUCUGCUUACUGCCAUAGUGAAGCUGUUUCUCAAGAAACCAUCAGAAACACAGGAGCUAGUCCAGCAGGUCUUGAGUUUGGCAACACAGGAUUCUGAUAAUCCUGACCUUCGAGACCGGGGCUAUAUUUAUUGGCGCCUUCUCUCAACUGACCCUGUUACAGCUAAAGAAGUAGUCUUGUCUGAGAAGCCACUGAUCUCUGAGGAGACGGACCUUAUUGAGCCAACUCUGCUGGAUGAGCUAAUCUGCCACAUUGGUUCUUUGGCCUCUGUGUAUCAUAAGCCUCCCAAUGCUUUUGUGGAAGGAAGUCAUGGAAUUCAUCGUAAACACUUGCCAAUUCAUCAUGGGAGCACUGAUGCAGGUGACAGCCCUGUUGGCACUACCACUGCAACAAACCUGGAACAGCCUCAGGUUAUCCCCUCUCAAGGUGAUCUUCUAGGGGAUCUUUUAAACCUUGACCUCGGUCCCCCAGUCAAUGUGCCACAGGUGUCCUCCAUGCAGAUGGGAGCAGUGGAUCUCCUAGGAGGAGGACUAGAUAGUCUGCUUGGCAGUGACCUUGGCGGGGGCAUUGGAGGAAGUCCGGCAGUGGGACAAUCCUUCAUCCCAUCAUCGGUGCCUGCAACCUUUGCUCCUUCACCUACACCUGCUGUGGUCAGCAGUGGACUGAAUGACCUGUUUGAACUCUCCACAGGGAUAGGCAUGGCACCCGGUGGAUAUGUGGCUCCUAAGGCUGUCUGGCUACCUGCAGUAAAGGCUAAAGGCUUGGAGAUUUCAGGAACAUUUACUCACCGCCAAGGGCACAUCUAUAUGGAAAUGAACUUCACCAAUAAAGCUCUGCAGCACAUGACAGAUUUUGCAAUCCAGUUUAACAAAAAUAGCUUUGGUGUCAUCCCCAGCACUCCUCUGGCCAUCCAUACACCACUGAUGCCAAACCAGAGCAUUGAUGUCUCCCUGCCUCUCAAUACCUUGGGCCCAGUCAUGAAGAUGGAACCUCUGAAUAACCUCCAGGUGGCUGUGAAAAACAAUAUCGAUGUCUUCUACUUCAGCUGCCUCAUCCCACUCAAUGUGCUUUUUGUAGAAGAUGGCAAAAUGGAGCGCCAGGUCUUCCUUGCAACAUGGAAGGAUAUUCCCAAUGAAAAUGAACUUCAGUUUCAGAUUAAGGAAUGUCAUUUAAAUGCUGACACUGUUUCCAGCAAGUUGCAAAACAACAAUGUUUAUACUAUUGCCAAGAGGAAUGUGGAAGGGCAGGACAUGCUGUACCAAUCCCUCAAGCUCACUAAUGGCAUUUGGAUUUUGGCCGAACUACGUAUCCAGCCAGGAAACCCCAAUUACACGCUGUCACUGAAGUGUAGAGCUCCUGAAGUCUCUCAAUACAUCUAUCAGGUCUAUGACAGCAUUUUGAAAAACUAACAAGACUGGUCCAGUACCCUUCAAUCAUGCUGUGAUCGGUGCAAGUCAAGAACUCUUAACUGGAAGAAAUUGUAUUGCUGCGUAGAAUCUGAACACACUGAGGCCACCUAGCAAGGUAGUAACUAGUCUAACCUGUGCUAACAUUAGGGCACAACCUGUUGGAUAGUUUUAGCUUCCUGUGAACAUUUGUAACCACUGCUUCAGUCACCUCCCACCUCUUGCCACCUGCUGCUGCUAUCUGUCCUUACUUGUGGGCUUCUCCAUGCUGUGCCAAUGGCUGGCUUUUUCUACACCCUCUUUUGAGUGUAGUUUGGUAUUUUGUAAUUGAGAGCUCAUUUCAAAAGCAGAAAAAGACAACAAAUAUUAAAGCAAGGAAAAGUGUAACUGAAA